CCGGUUUAUACCAAAAGGGAAAAGGAAGAUAUAAGUAUUUCAAUCUAUCCAUAAAGUUGGUAUCAAUUUGUAAUUCUUUUCGAGGUUCUCUACAUUGACUAUAGCCGGUCUUUCGGGGUUUUUAUGAAAGGAGAAUCGUUCGACUCAAGAAAGGUUCGGCAAUCGGGAAUGAUUUGCCGCCUUUGGCAACUCGGCAAGCCGAGAUUCCAAAGCUAUUUUUUUCCGAUGACAACAACCACAGCGAACCCUAGUUAGCGUAGAUUAUUCUUGGUCCCAACCAAACCUCACCUAACUCACUAAUGUAAGUUACAUGUCAUUGGUGACGGCGAUGAUGACGUGAAAACUGUUCUGUUACAUCAAUUCGACAACCCGCAAGCGCCAUGGCCGCGAUUGAGCCGUCUGAACCGGAGCGGACUUCCGCAGCCGAUCCGUCCCUCUGGACGAGGUCGCUCAUAUCCGGGGCUGUGGCUGGUCUUACAGUCGACCUCUCCCUCUACCCGCUCGAUACCAUAAAGACCCGCCUCCAGCAAGCGCGGAAACACACUGGGUCGUUCACGAAACACGCUACCCCGUCCCUCCGCCAAACCGUGCGCGGAAUCUAUGCUGGCUUGCCCUCAGUCCUCCUCAGCUCCGCCCCUUCCGCCGCGAGCUUUUUCAUCGUCUACGACGGCGUAAACCGCUACCUUCUCCCAACCCCGUCAUCCUCGACUUCCACCCCCGUCUCCUGGCAGCAUGCAAUCCUCACACACUCCCUCGCGUCAUCCCUUGGCGAAAUAUCCGCGUGCGCUGUCCGAGUUCCUACGGAGGUAAUAAAGCAACGCGCCCAGGCUGGGUUGUUUGGUGGAUCCACGCUUCGUGCGCUUAAGGAUAUCCUCUCAUUGCGGCACGCGGGCUCCGGGAGUGCCAAUGACACGCGGAGGCGAGGGCUGGGCCUCGUUAUAAGAGAAUUAUACCGCGGCACGGCCAUCACGAUUGCGCGCGAGAUCCCGUUCACCGUCUUGCAGUUUACAAUGUGGGAAACGAUGAAAGAUGCAUAUGCGUCCCGAGCUUCGGGAACAGAUGCCCACACCGUCCCCGGGUCCGGAUCAACUGGGGUGGGUGCCGGACCGAGUGCGUUAUUUGGCAGCAUUGCGGGAGCUGUUGCUGCGGGGCUGACGACUCCGCUUGAUGUUGUCAAAACUAGAGUCAUGCUUGCGAGGAGAGGCGGCAGCGAGCAUAUACGGGUGCGGGAUGUUGUGCGCGGGAUCAUGAAGGAGGAAGGAUUUGGCGCGUUCUGGAGGGGAGUUGGGCCGAGGGUUGCGUGGAUUGGGAUAGGAGGGGCUGUGUUCUUGGGCAGUUACCAAUUUACUUCGAACAUGCUUCAAAUGAGGCAGACUGGCAAGAUAUACACUGGAUCAGAUCCUCUAUGAUGGUUGAAACAGGAAAAAGAAUUAAAUUAUCCUGGGACACGAGGGAUGAAUGUACAGUAUAUUACAUUUUACGGCAUUUAGAUUUUGCUAUUUCUAUCCAUAGACAUGUGAAUACUAUACGUAACAAUUCAACUCAGUUUCAUAAAAAAACACUUAGAGGAUAAGAGAUAGAGUGCAUUACUAGAACUGCUAUUCACUGUUGCGCCUAUCGUUCGAUUUGUCUACCUGAACAUCUUCGUUCUUUUCUGCAAUCCUAAUGCUGAAGCUUUCAUAACUCUAUUGUUUUCCCCCUCUCCUUUCCCAUUUGCUUUCAAGCUUUCUUCACCAUCCAUGCCAACUCCUUGGCUUGUUCAGGCGUCAAUAGUUCUUCCAAAGUCCCAGGCAACAUGAAAUCGUUAUCCUGGUACUCGAAUCCGGGGACGACGGUCUAAACAAUUUUAGUGGUAAAUUAGCAAAUAACGAACUGAGCAACCCAAUGCUUGAGACGAAAAUAACCAAAUAAAAUUAAAAGUAACACCCAAA